AUUUUAAAACAUGGCAGUUGUACCAUUAAAUUUGGAAGUACCUACAUCUAGUAAUGCUUCCACGAGUGGAAGGAAUCAUCACCAUAACCAAAGACAAGGGGAGUGUCACACUGAGAGCAUCACAUUUGGUGAGAAGGGAUCGGAAACUGGGCAGUUCAACCUUCCUUUUGGUGCUACAGUGUCAGAUGAAGGGGAGAUCUUUAUCGCAGACUGCUGGAAUCAGAGAAUCCAAGUCUUCACCCUGCAGGGAAUGUUUGUGAGACAGUUCACGACAAGCAAACAAAACUUGGUCCCACAUGAUGUGGCCGUGGACGGGGAGGGGAACCUGUGGGUGGUGGGGAGGUCAGGUCUUACUGAGUUAGCUGUGCAGUACCACAAACAUGGCAAUGAACUGAGAAAGAUUGACCUUGGGAACUCUGGGUGGUGGAGAGGAGUUGCAGUGGACACCAGAAGGAACUGCAUCCUCAUCACACAAACCACCACAGGAGACAGGGGCAGUCCACAUGGCAAAGUGUUGUUGUUCAGGGCAGAUGGGACAUGUAUUCAAGCUGUUGACAGAAGACAAAUGUUAGAGAACCCAAUCUACAUCGCCGUGGAUACAAAAGGGAACAUUCUUGUGUCAGACUGUGAGAAACAUUGUGUAUUUGUGUACAGCGAGGACCGACAGUUUCAGUUCAAGUUUGGAGAUGAGGGAAGUGGUGAAGGUCAGCUAUGCCUGCCCUGUGGCAUCUGUACAGACAGGGCAGGGAACAUCAUUGUGGCAGACAGUGGAAACAAAUGUGUGGAGAUGUUUGACAAGACAGGAAAGUUCCUCAAACACGUCACUACAGACAAAAGGGGACCUCGGGCUGUUGCCAUGGCAACACAGGGACAGCUUAUUGUGACAUUUUGGAACCACACAGUUUCUAUACUUCAGAACUACUGAAUUAACUAUUAAUGAUUGUAUUUAAACACUUGACCCUGAUGGGACACACAAGACAUUACACACCAGAGCUAUAGUGCUACUAUCACCUCUCAAGAUGGAAGGAUGCCUACUACUACAUAGUGAAGUGUAAAGACUAGUUGAAUUUAAAUUUUUAAAUGGUCUUCACUGUUGUUAGAUAAAACAAGAAGAAAAUACCUGUGUUAAUCUUCUACUUACAUUGUAAUUGUAUUCUUCUACAAAAUUAGACAAUGACAGACAGCUGCACAGCUGCAGGUUGUAACUUUUCAGACAAAUAAAAAUAUGCUAUAAAUUGCAUGUAUCUGUGGUGUUUGUGUGUCUCAGAAAAUGUGUGUUUUCUUUCAUGUUAACAUAGCUUUUGAUUGUACCUCAUUCAAUUGGGAAAUGAAGGUGUUAACUUAAAAAUACAAAUGUAUAUA